CUGAGAUUAAGGCGAGGUUUCGCCGCGAGCCCCUAGUAGUUCAGUGUUCGGGAAAGGCUGAUCAUUGCGGCACUAGGCCUGCUGGUGUACCUGCUGGCCACUGCCGCCGCGAGCGAGCGGAAGCCGAAGGCGCGCAGCGGCGCAAGGAGCCGCCAGGAUGAAGCUGGUGAGGAAGGACCUGGAGAAGGAUAAUGCGGGGCAGGUGACGCUCAUCCCCGAGGAGCCUGAGGACAUGUGGCACACCUACAACCUGCUGCAGGUGGGUGAUAGUUUGCGGGCCUCCACCAUCCGGAAGGUGCAAACCGAAUCGGCCACAGGCAGCGUGGGUAGCAACCGCAUCCGCACCACCCUCACCCUCUGUGUGGAGGCCAUCGACUUUGACUCGCAGGCCUGCCAGCUACGGGUCAAAGGCACUAAUAUCCAAGAGAACGAGUAUGUCAAGAUGGGAGCCUACCACACCAUCGAGCUGGAACCUAACCGGCAGUUCACACUGGCGAAGAAGCAGUGGGACAGUGUCGUGCUAGAGCGCAUCGAGCAGGCCUGUGACCCAGCCUGGAGUGCCGAUGUGGCAGCCGUGGUAAUGCAGGAAGGGUUAGCUCAUGUCUGCCUGGUCACUCCAAGCAUGACGCUUACCCGUGCCAAGGUGGAGGUGAACAUCCCCCGCAAGCGGAAAGGGAACUGCAGUCAGCACGACCGGGCCCUGGAGAGGUUUUAUGAGCAGGUGGUGCAAGCCAUCCAGCGACAUAUCAACUUUGAGGUGGUGAAGUGUGUACUGGUGGCCAGCCCAGGCUUCGUAAGGGAGCAGUUUUGCGAUUACAUGUUCCAGCAGGCAAUCAAGACUGACAAUAAGCUUCUGCUUGAGAACAGGUCCAAAUUCCUACAGGUCCACUCUUCCUCGGGACAUAAAUACGCAUUGAAGGAAGCCCUCUGUGACCCAGCUGUAACUAGCCGUCUUUCUGACACUAAGGCAGCUGGUGAGGUCAAAGCCUUAGAUGACUUCUAUAAAAUGCUGCAGCAUGAGCCUGACCGGGCUUUUUAUGGUCUUAAACAUGUGGAGAAGGCCAAUGAAGCCAUGGCUAUUGAUACUUUGCUGAUCAGUGAUGAGCUUUUCCGGCACCAGGAUGUGGCAACACGUGCCCGCUAUGUUAAAUUGGUAGAUAGUGUGCGGGAGAACAUGGGCACAGUGCGCAUAUUCUCCAGCCUUCAUGUGUCUGGAGAACAGCUUGGCAAGCUAACGGGGGUGGCAGCCAUCCUGCGCUUUCCUGUUGCUGAACUCUCUGACCAGGAAGAUGAAUCUAGCUCUGAAGAAGAUUGAUAACAAUGAC